AUGCCUUGCGGCGCCGCAUCGCGCUGGCGCGCGCGGCCUACGGCCGCGAGGUGCGUUUUGUUUACGGCCGGCGGAUCAGAUUUCCUUGGAAUUCUUCUACAUCUUCGUGGUACAUUCUGCCUUUCGGCCGCCUACAACGAGGCUCUCGUUUUAAUGGACGAUCCUUUCGCUGGCUUCAGCAACGAGGAGGUGGAUGAACUCUUCGAGGCUGGAGCUCCAGAUAUCUUCUCGAGUCGUCUCUUCGCUGCUCGAAGCCUCGUGGUCACCUUCGGCGGCAGCGCGCCGCAGCGCGCCCUGCGCCGCGGACGCCAAGGACGACCGCGCUUCCUGGUGAUGGAAGCUGGCAACUUACAGGCGCUGGAACCGGUGGAAGCGCCGAUGACGGGGCCCGAGACGCAGCUUCCAGCGUUGCACUCAACGGCAACGUCGGGCGCUGUGGAGCUCCAGCAGGGCCAGAGGUUGGCGGCGGCGAGCCCCAGUUGGUUGCUGGUCUUAUGCUUGGACCAGUUCUUCCAGAUCCUUCUGGACUGGUGGGUCAUUUCUUUGGCCUUGACAUCGUUGACACCGUUGACGCCGUUGACGCUGCAUCUGACCGGAGCAUUUUUCGUGGCCGCAGUGGCAGCUGGGCUGGAGGUGCACCUUUCCCUCAAGCUUCUGGUGGUUCAUUUGGGCGCCCGUUCCUACACGGAAGCCGCCGCCAAAAUGGCGUUCGAUAUCGACACGACGACGGUUCCUACGGUCACGGCGCAAGCCGAACGAGAGAUGGACCUGCAGUUGCCAGGACAGCUAUGGGGACUGUUGGCCGGGUCAUGUGCUUUUUUCGGCCUACUGGGUCUCAGUCAGCUGCAACUGUCGCAGAGUUUAGCGUCGCCCUGGCAGCUGAGUUUGGUGCCCAUCUAUGUUUUGGCACUGAAGGCCCUGGCAGCCGGUGGUGGAUCUGGUAGAUCUGCGCCGUUGCCGCCGUUGCUGGACACGCUGCGAAGGGAGCUGCAGAUGGGCGUGGCCACGCAGGCGAGGCAAUGA